AUGUGGAACUCGGCCGAGAAUUUGUCGGCGCGUUCGGAGUCGUUCAGGGAGGAUGGGGACGACGAGGAGGCGCUGCGGUGGGCGGCGCUUGAGCGGCUGCCGACGUACCGCCGCGUCAGGAUGGGGAUCUUCAGGAACAUGGUCGGCGAUUCGAAGCAGAUCGACGUGCAGAAACUCGAGGCGGAGGAGCAGAAAAUCGUACUGGAUCGGCUGAUUAGCUCCGUCGACGAUGAUUGGGAGAAGUUCUUCAACCGCGUACGACGCCGCUUUGACAGGGUUGAUCUGGAAUUCCCGAAGGUUGAAGUUAGAUUUCACCAUUUAAAAAUCGAAUCAUCUGUCCAAACUGGCAGUAGAGCUCUACCUACAAUAUCAAAUUUCAUCAUCAACAUGGCCGAGGCUUUAUUCAGGAAGCUAAGGAUACACUCUGGUAAUAUAAGAACUCUAACAAUUCUAGACGAUAUCAGUGGGAUAGUUCGACCAGGAAGGUUAACUUUAUUAUUAGGACCUCCAAGCUCUGGAAAGACGACACUGCUGUUAGCACUUGCUGGACUCCUUAAAUCUGAUCUAAAGGUGUCAGGUAACAUUACCUACAACGGACAUGGUCUGAAAGAGUUCGUACCCCAAAGGACAUCCGCUUAUGUGAGUCAACAAGAUUGGCAUGUUGCAGAGAUGACUGUAAGAGAAACACUUGACUUCUCCGCACGCUGUCAAGGUGUUGGUUAUAAAUAUGAUAUGCUUCUGGAACUCUCGAGAAGAGAGAAGAUUUCUGGAACAAAGCCUGACGAAGAUCUUGAUAUUUUCAUGAAGGCAUUAUCUUUGGAGGGAACUGAGACCGGUCUUCUGGUUGAGUACAUUUUGAAGAUUUUAGGAUUGGACCUUUGUGCGGAUACUCUGGUUGGAGAUGAAAUGAUUAAAGGGAUCUCCGGUGGUCAAAAAAAACGUUUGACAACAGGUGAAUUACUAGUGGGUCCCUCAAGAGUGUUGUUUAUGGAUGAAAUUUCAAAUGGCCUUGAUAGUUCGACAACAUACCAAAUCAUCAAGUACCUCAAACAUUCAACCCGUGCACUUGAUGGAACCACCGUGAUUUCUCUGCUUCAGCCAGCACCUGAGACUUACGAGUUAUUUGAUGACAUUAUUCUCUUGUCUGAGGGAAAGAUUGUGUACCAGGGACCUCGUACAUCUGUCCUUGACUUCUUUGCAUAUAUGGGUUUUCGCUGUCCAGAGCGGAAAAAUGCAGCAGACUUCCUUCAAGAAGUUGUAUCGAAGAAGGACCAAGAGCAAUACUGGUCUUUACCUGAUCAGCCUUAUCGUUUCAUACCGAUUAUAAGAUUUGCCGAAGCUUUUAAUUCAUACAACAUUGGGAAGAGUUUAUCCGAGGAACUGGAUAUCCCAUACGAUAGGCGCUACAGUCAUCCUGCAGCCUUAUCAUCUUCUCAAUAUGGUGUCAAGAAAAUUGAACUUCUUAAGACCAACUAUCAUUGGCAAGUGCUGCUUAUGAAGCGGAAUAUGUUUAUCUAUGUUUUUAAAUUUGUACAGCUCCUUUUGGUUGCUCUGAUUACCAUGAGUGUGUUUUGCCGGGCUACACUGCGUCAUGAUACAAUUGAUGAUGCGGGUCUUUAUCUGGGAGAGUUGUAUUUUUCGAUGGUGAUUAUUCUUUUUAAUGGUUUCACCGAGGUUUCCAUGCUGGUGGCGAAGCUUCCGAUUAUAUACAAGCACAGGGACUUGCACUUUUACCCUUGUUGGGCAUAUACCCUGCCUUCAUGGCUCUUGAGCAUUCCGACUUCAUUGAUAGAGUCUGGUUUCUGGGUGGCAGUAACAUACUAUGUGGUCGGGUUUGAUCCGAACUUCACAAGAUUUCUUCGGCAAUCGCUGCUCUACUUCUUUCUUCAUCAAAUGUCUCUAGCUCUGUUUCGUCUGAUGGGUUCCCUUGGCCGCAAUAUGAUUGUGGCGAAUACUUUCGGAUCUUUUGCUAUGUUGAUAGUCAUGGCCCUUGGCGGAUACAUCAUUUCAAGAGAUAGGAUCCCUAGUUGGUGGAUUUGGGGAUUUUGGAUUUCCCCACUAAUGUAUGCUCAAGAUGCUGUUAGUGUGAAUGAGUUCCUCGGGCACUCUUGGGAUAAGAGAAGUGCGGGCAACUCAACUUUGCCACUAGGCGAAGCAUUGCUAAAGGCUCGCAGUUUGUUUCCUCAAAGUUACUGGUACUGGAUAGGUGUUGGUGUUUUGAUCGGUUAUACCUUCUUAUUCAAUUUCCUUUUCACCAUUUUCCUCUCGAAGCUGAACCCUCUUGUGAAGCGUCAAGCUGUUAUUUCUAAAGAAGAGCUCGAAAAUAGAGAGAAGAUGCGGAAAGGAGAACCUGUUGUUAUUCAGCUAAGAGACUUUUUGCAGCAUUCGGGUUCAUUUGCUAAAAAGAGUUUUAAACAAAAGGGCAUGGUGCUUCCUUUUCAGCCGCUUUCAAUGUCUUUCAGCAACAUCUGUUACUACGUGGAUGUGCCUCUGGAACUGAAGCAGCAAGGCGUAUCCGAGGACAAACUGCAGUUACUGAACGACAUAACAGGAGCAUUCAGGCCAGGUGUGCUCACAGCAUUGGUUGGAGUUAGUGGUGCCGGGAAAACUACCCUUAUGGAUGUAUUAGCCGGUAGAAAAACUGGCGGAGUUAUAGAAGGAAAUGUCAAUAUAUCUGGUUAUCCUAAAACACAAGAAACUUUUGCUAGAAUAUCAGGGUACUGUGAGCAAAACGAUAUCCAUUCUCCUUGCUUAACCAUCCACGAAUCGCUUUUGUUCUCCGCUUGGCUGAGGUUACCAUCAGAUAUUGACUUGGAAACCCAAAAGGCAUUUGUUGAAGAGGUGAUGGAACUUGUGGAGCUCGUUCCUUUAAAAGGGGCUUUGGUAGGCUUACCAGGAGUUGAUGGAUUAUCAACAGAGCAAAGAAAACGCCUCACUAUUGCUGUUGAACUGGUCGCCAAUCCUUCCAUAGUUUUUAUGGAUGAGCCAACAUCAGGUUUGGAUGCUAGAUCUGCAGCCAUUGUUAUGAGGACUGUGAGGAAUAUAGUGAAUACGGGGAGAACAAUCGUUUGCACGAUUCAUCAACCCAGCAUUGACAUCUUUGAAUCCUUUGAUGAGCUUUUAUUUAUGAAACGGGGAGGGGAGCUCAUUUAUGCUGGUCCACUCGGUCCCAAAUCUAGCAAACUGAUCGAGUAUUUUGAGGGGGUUGAUGGAGUACGGAGGAUAAGGCCAGGAUAUAAUCCCGCUACAUGGAUGUUAGAAGUUACAUCGUCAGCAGAGGACCGCCUCGAUGUUGAUUUCGCUGAAAUUUAUAGACAAUCAAACCUAUUUCAAUAUAAUAAAGAAUUGGUCGAGAGGUUAAGCAAGCCAAGUGCUGAUGCAAAAGAACUUAACUUCCCCACAAUGUAUUCAAGGUCGUAUCUUGAUCAAUUUGUGGCUUGCCUCUGGAAGCAGCAUCUCUCUUACUGGCGAAACCCCCAAUACACGGCUGUUCGCUUCUUCUACACAGUGAUUAUAUCACUUAUGCUAGGGACAAUAUGUUGGGAAUUCGGUUCCAAAAGGGAUUCACAGCAAGACAUUUUUAACGCAAUGGGAUCAAUGUACGCAGCAGUAUUGUUCAUCGGAGUAACAAACGGCACUGCUGUUCAACCAGUUGUCUCUGUUGAAAGAUUCGUUUCUUACAGAGAGAGAGCAGCUGGAACAUAUUCAGCUCUACCUUUUGCGUUUGCCCAGGUGGCCAUUGAGUUUCCUUAUGUAUUCGUACAGGCAAUAUUCUACUGCACCAUAUUUUACUCUAUGGCCUCGUUCGAGUGGACCUUCUCCAAAUUUGUGUGGUACACGUUUUUUAUGUACUUCACUAUGUUGUACUUCACCUUUUACGGCAUGAUGACGACAGCUGUCACUCCCAACCACAAUGUGGCCGCCAUUAUUGCCGCCCCAUUCUACAUGCUCUGGAAUCUCUUCAGCGGUUUCAUGAUACCUCACAAGAGAAUUCCGAUAUGGUGGAGAUGGUACUAUUGGGCGAACCCUAUAGCUUGGAGUCUAUAUGGUCUCGUUGCUUCUCAAUACGCUGACGUGGAAAAACUCGUGAAACUUUCGGACGGAGUUCAGUUGUUGUCGACUAGGUUACUGGUCAAGAACGUUUUCGGAUUCAGACAUGAUUUCGUCGGCAUUGCGGGUAUUAUGGUGGUCGGAUUUUGUGUUCUGUUUGCAGUGAUUUUCGCUUUCGCUAUCAAAUCUUUUAAUUUUCAGAGGAGAUAGGUUUUUGUAAUAGAGUGUGAUUAUAAAUUUAGUUUUUCAUUCAACAUAUGGAAACUGUAAAGUUUUGUAAUGAGGAUUGAGCUUUUGUGAUUCAUUUUUCAUCUGCAAUAAAAUUAUAUUGAUAGUGUGAAGUUACA